AUGACGACAUCAAUAAUGGUAUUAAUACCAACAACAGAAAAUACAAUAAAUACGACAAAAAUGAUUUUUGAAGUAAAUUACAAAUUAGAUUCAUUUGAUCUGAUAAUAGAGGGUAAUUUUAAAGUUGGUCCUAUUUUGAAUAAUUCAACUUUAAAUGAUUUAACAAAUAUGAUGCAAACAACAGUAUCAAAUAGUUCAAAUAUUACUGUAAUUGUAUUUAAUGCUACUAUUGAAAUUGAUGAUGAAAAUUCUACGAAAAAGAUAAUAUCAUCUGAUUCAAUCAAUUAUAUUCUUCGUCUUAUUGUUUACUAUAUCUUUUCAAUAACAUGUAAUCUAUGUAUUGAAAUUAGUAAUAAUGCUGUCUAUAAUGAACCUCAAUUAGACAAAUUAAUUCAAAUUCAAAAUGCCUCUUUAAUUGAUAUUUCUCGACCGGUUACUGUUAUUCAGAUUAUUUCUAUGUCGACUGUUUCAUUUUCAAUAACAAAUUCAAAUUAUAAUAAUACAAUAAAAACAACGAGUUCAACAAUAGUUCAUACUACUAUUCAUCCAACGACUAGUCAACAUCAAACAACAGAACAUAUGAGUACUGCUAAUCGUACAGCAUAA